AUGAUUGUUGCCACUAAUCACCAGAAUUUCUGUCCACCCAGCGAGCCGGUGUCUGAGAAGGGCAAAGCUGCUAGUGAAGGUUCAGGGUUUGCUAGGCCUAAAGCUUUGAUUUUCGUUCAAAUGAAGCGAAAUUUGGUGAAGGAAGUGCCUUCUGCUUCUCUUGUUGUCAGGCUGCUAGUAGGCUCGAUUCUACUAAAGAGGUCCCAGCCUGAGGAGUUUGUGAGUGGUGGCGAUGUGUGCCAGGCUCAGCCCGAGACUACUCAAGGCAAGUGGGCAAGGACUUCACCUGCAAAGACUCCACAGUCGUCCCCUGCUACCCUUAAGAUUCCUAGAAUAGCUUAG